UGGAAAUUGUUUUGGAAUACAGUAUUUGUAUGUAUAUAGAUAACACAAAUUAAAUGAGUAAAUUAAUCUUCUUCUUUGAGAUAUAUAUACAUUGUUUCUAUUGCUUCAAAGUGAAGUUUUCUGCUAACAACUAAAUAAGUAGUUAUAACAUGAACAUCUUUGGUCGUUCUUCCCCACCUAAAUGGUCAGCUAAAUUAUGUGGCUGUGGAGAAAACCCAGGAACAUGUUUGAUAACAUGUUGUUUACCAUGCAUCACAUUUGGCCAAAUUGCAGAAGUUGUGGAUGAAGGACGUAGUUCUUGUGCUAUGCAAGGAUGUGUAUACGGUUUACUGAUGACCAUUACAUGUCAUUGGCUAUACUCAUGUCUUUACAGAGAGAAACUGAGAGCAAAAUAUGGUUUACCAGCUGAACCAUGUUGUGAUUGUUGUGUUCAUUUCUGUUGUGAUGCAUGUGCCUUAUGCCAAGAACAUGCUGAACUUAAAGCAAGAGGGUUUAACCCUUCCAAAGGUUGGAUUGGGCCACCUCAUGCUCCUCCUCGUAUGCCUCCCACCAUGUUUCGAUGAUCCAUCUGCAACUAUAAUACAUGCAUCAAUUUAGAGUUAAUCAACUUCUGUCAUAGUCAUGUUAUAUCUAUAAUUUGCAGCAGUACUAUUAAUUAACAGUGCCUUUUUCUAUGCUUAUUACUACUUAGUAUGACCGUGAUAAUGUAUUUAUUACA